GUAAAUUACUGGGCACCCCCUUCUGCCCGGUUUUCAGAACGAAUGGGUAGAGGGGGACUUGCCAAAAAACACAAGGAACGAAAGAGUAUCGGAGGGAAGGGGGAGAAAGCUAACGCUACGUUGAUAGCUAGCGCCAGCUGGCUACCAACACGGUUGUUACUGCCGGGGAGUAAACUCGAGUAGCCGUGACAGUUUGUGUCUAAAAGGUUGAAGGAAACGAAGAGUAACCGCUGGAGCGUCUGAUCAAACAACCGGAUAUUCCCUAAUAUGAGUGGACCGGGACAGGACAGCGAGACAGAGGCGAAAGUCCUUCUCAUCAAGCGGCUUUACAGAGCUGUGGUGGAGUCUGUGCACAAGCUGGAUGCCAUCAUUGGCAACAAAGCAUCCUACAGAGAGGUCUUCAAGCCGGAAAACAUCAGCCUUCGCAACAAGCUGAGGGAGCAUUGUGUGAAACUAAUGUUUCUCCACCCUGUUGAUUAUGGCCGUAAAGCUGAGGAGCUGCUCUGGAGGAAGGUUUACUAUGAGGUCAUCCAGGUUAUCAAGACAAACAAGAAGCACAUUCACAGCCGCAGCACUCUGGAGUGUGCCUACCGCACACACCUGAUUGCCGGCGUGGGUUUCUACCAACACCUGCUGCUCUACAUCCAGUCACACUACCAGCUGGAGCUGCAGGACUGUAUUGACUGGACCCAUGUCACAGACCCGCUGAUCGGCCGAAAGAAACCAGUGUCAGCCACCCCCAAGGAGAUGGAGUGGGCACAGAUGGCUUGUCAUCGCUGUCUGGUCUACCUUGGAGAUCUAGCCCGUUACCAGAAUGAACUUGCUGGAGUGGAGGCUGAGCAGCUGGCAGAGAGGUUUUACCAUCAGGCCCUGUCUGUCAUGCCACAUGUGGCACUGGCAGGGAGCAAGUUCUACAAUGUUGAAGCAACCUACUACUACCUACGCUGCAUCCAAUCAGAUGCCCCCUUUGAGGGUGCUUAUGGCAACCUGAAGCGCCUGUUUGACAAAGCUGCCAAGAUGUACCUCCAGGUGAAGAAGCAGGAAAUGAAGAAGCUGUCUCCUUCUCGGCAAAGAUCAAAAGACAUUAAGCGUCUCUUGGUGAGUUUCAUGUACCUCCAAAGUCUGCUGCAACCCAAGAACAGUCUAAUGGAGACGGAGCUGACAUCACUCUGCCAGUCAGUGCUGGAGGACUUCAACCUUGUGCUGUUCUACCUGCCACUGCCAACACAAUGUGGUGCUCACCACUCUCCCAGUGAGGAGGAGGAUGAGCAGCAGCACACCGAUAGCUCCUGCCCUGUGCUGCCUGACACCCUUGUCUUCAAGAUGGUGGUCACUUGUUUAAUGGUGGUCCACAGCCUGAAGAGGGGAGGUUCAAAGCAGUACAGUGCAUCCAUAGCUUUUACUCUGGCCCUGUUCUCCCAUGUGGUGAACCAUGUCAACAUCCGGCUACAGGCUGAACUGGAGGAAGCAGAGACCCAGGUGCCUCCACUUCAUACUGAUGCUACAGAUGACCUGGAGAUGAGGGAUUUGUCAGCUCCCCCGACAGAUUGCUCUGAUGAGCGGCCUCUGCAGAAUGGCUCCCUAGAGCAAGAAGAUGAGGAGGUGAAGGAUGAAGAUGGUAAUGACAGGGCUGGUGCAGAAAAGCAUAGCAGUGUGGAAGAACAGCACAAGUUGGAAGAAGAGAAACAGAGGCAGAAGAAGAAGUACACCCGCCUCUCUCGGCUCCGCCGUCGCCGCUGUGCCCACAAGGACAGUCGAGGAGAAGAUGAAAGUGACCUGAGUGAAGGCUUUGAGAGUGAAGAUGAUGAAGAUGAUGAUGACCAGAGGAGGGGCCAUGUUGAUUCAACAGGUGGCUCGUUGACAGGAGCCCCUGUCAAUCCUUCAUCUAUCAGGAAGCAGGCAAAACGAGACCCCGUAGGCGAUGAAGGCAGUUGGGGGAGUGGCUCAGAGGAAGAGGAGGAGGAGGAAGGUGGAACGGCAUUUGAUGUAGAGACUGACUCUGAUAUGAACAGCCAGGAGUCUCGCUCAGACCUGGAAGACAUGGAGGACGCUGAGAACUCAGAUAGCUUGGAGGGUCCGGCCCGGGAACACCAGGACGAAGAUGAAGACCAACCCAAGGAAGAUGGAGGCGACAGGGACGUUGAUACACCUCCAACCACCAAUGGGCCCCUCAUUCCCAGCGACUCCAGCAUAAGCAGUAACCUCCGGGCCAUGUCCUCGCAACUCUUUCAGGCCAAGCGCUGCUUCCGCCUAGCACCGACCUUCAGCAACAUGCUGUUGAGGCCUCAAACCUCAUCUUCCUCGGGUAUUCCCACUCCUACUGAUGCUUCUGCGCCCCCUUCCCAAGUGACUCCUCCUCCUGGGGAUUCACCCUGCGGCAUGAACCCCGAUACUGCCAACGGAACCAAUGAAAAUGACUUGGAUUCUGAUUCAGAAGGCAGACAACAGAGCACUCAAUCAGAACAAAGUGAGAAAACCCUUUUGGAGAAGCUGGAGAUCCUGACCAAUCAGGGAUUAAUUCAGGUGGUGAAGGUCUUUGUUGACUGGCUAAGGACAAACACUGACAUUAUUCUCAUGUGUGCAGAGAGUUCUCAAAGCUUGUGGAACCGCCUGUCUGUGCUGCUCAACCUGCUACCAGAUGGCAGCAAGAUGCUUGAAGCUGAGCUUGGCCUGAACGCAGAGGUGACAGAGCUGUUAAAUAAGUGUGAGCAGCCCAGUUUGGUCCAGAGUCUUCUGCUGCCCGAGGAUCUGGCUCUGCGACACCUGCCUGCUCUGAGUGUAGCUCACCGCCGCCUUGACUUUGCUCAUCACAGCCCCUCCCUCAGCCCCUUACAGGAGUGUGUGGUGCGAGUGGGCUGCAUUCGCAGUUUUGGCCAUUUCCUAACAAAUCUUCAGGGCAAUGUGUUGCACUUCAACCCGGAGGCAGGCAUUUUCACCAGCAUCAGCCAGUCCAAACAGGAUAAUCUGGUGCAGCAGGCCAAAGCCCAGUUCCAAAUGGCUGAAGAGGAGGCUCGUCGAAAUCGCUUAAUGAGGGAUAUGGCCCAGCUUCGACUGCAGCUGGAGGUGUCGCAGCUAGAGGGCAGCCUUCAGCAGCCUAAGGCCCAGUCAUCCAUGUCUCCCUACCUGGUGCCAGACACAGCUGCUCUCUGCCAGCAUCUGAACCUCAUCCGCCUGCUGGCCGGUAGCGGCUGCUUCAUCAUCAUCAUCCCACGGACAGUAAUUGAUGGACUUGACAGACUGAAGAAGGAAAACGCUGGUGCAAGGGAUGGCAUCCGCUUCCUGGAGUCUGAAUUUCGAAAAGGAAACCGGUACAUACGCUGCCAGAAGGAGUCUGGUCGAAGCUUUGAAAGAGAUAAACUGAAACGUCAGGACAUCGAAGCCUGGCAUUUAUACAAGAUGGUGGACAGUUGCCGUCAGUUAACGGUCUCCCAGAACAACGGAGAUGAAGAUACAACCGGCAUGGUGACAAUUCUCACUGGCCAUCAAGUGGAAGAGCUCUGCACUCAGUCAGCAGCAAUGAAGUCAACGAUCCAGGCUGUGAGCUCGGCAGGUAUGGAGCUGAAGAACAUUGUGGAAUUCUACCGGCAGUGGAAGGAGAUCGGCUGAGAGGUCAACGGGGGCAGCUGUCGGUGCUGCGAACAGCUGAUCGAUAUCAACACUCGCUCCCUCUCUCUCUCCUACUCUUUUGCUCUGUGUGUAUCUGCGUCUCCAAAAGCAAAAACCAACUCAAAAGAAAGCUGGGCCGUAGGAAAAGAGUUAAAGCUUAGAGGGCUGAAAACGUAAAUACAGUGGAGUGAAAAAAAGAGAAAUGCGAGUGAAACUGUGCUGUAAGAAGCAGCAGGUCUGCCACCUCCCAAUCCUAAACAUAGAGUGACCCCUAGUGGUCAGGAUGAAGAAAUGGUCGGAGGGGGGGGGCGGGGUGCUGCACAACAUUCAAGUGCCCCUGGUUCAUGCCCUAACCAGGAAUACACUGUAUAUGUUAACAAAUGAGUACAUAUGUGUCAAGAAAGAAAUCACACACAAACAAAGACAACACGCUCAGAUGAAUCCAUAUAGAUAUUUAGAACAGUGGUUUGGAUUUCUGUUUCCACCUCCCUUCUCCUUUAAAUCUGUAUUUAAGAAACAGGGUCAAGAAUGUGUGAGUCUGGUAGGGCUAUGUUUUAUAAAGUUGAGAGUGUAGGCAGACAAUUUUCAGAUGGAGAAAUCACAUUCUCUCCACCUGACAACCAAGGUUUCCACCCUUCGAAACAAACCAGGCGCCUUGUAGCUCGUGAACCUCUAGGAAGGGUUGAGGAAGACGGAGGAUGCUUCUCCGGUAUGGUUUCUUUCCUAUAUGACUUUUUUUUUUUUCAGGUCGUUUUUCUUUAUUUGCAGUGUACUUCUGUGACCAGUGACUUAUGUAUUGUGCUGUCUAUAUUAGAAAAGGAAAAACAUGACAGGCUUUGCCCUGUUGAAGGUUUUAAUUUGGAUUUUAUUUUUGUACCCAAAUGUUUAUUUUGCUUUUUGUAAGCUAAAUCUGAAUGAUAUAUGCAAGAAUGUUUAAGGAAAGGGAAGGUGCUGUGUGUUGAUUCACUUAUCAAGGCCUUCAGUUUUGAAAAUUAAACCAAAAUCCCCCCCUAAAAUCCAGAAUUUAUUAAUCAAGGUGUCAUGUUAAAGGGAGGAGGGAGGGAGGGCCUGAUUGGCUUUAUGUAAUGGUUAAUCAUCAAGGUGACUCCAAUGAGAGGGGACAGUUAUUUUUCAUUGAACAAUGUGGGUUGUGUUUGGAGCCCUAUAAAUUCUGAAAAUGUAUCGCAUCAACAUCACCAUUUCCAUAGUGACUGUCCUAUCAUACAAGAAAAACAGUAUAUGUGUGGCCAUACAUUGAACAUUAAAAAGAAACUCGUAUGA